UUAUAUAUAUUAAUGAUGCUCUCAUCUACAAACGCUAAAGCCAAAGGCAAUAUAUCAUCCGUCUUUGCCCACUUGGGUGCCAGUACCACAAAGUUGGAUCCUCGAUUUGUGACAUUGAAAAAGGACAUUUGUAAGACAACCGACGUGUUGCAAGCAAGUUAUGAUCGAUUAAUCAGCAAGUUUGAAGAAGAAAAGAAAGAAAUCCAAGCAAAAGGAUCGUCGGUGAUCCCCGAGAUUCAUAUCAAUGAUAUCAAGAACAAUGGUGGCAGAUUACCUGAUGCGGUGGCAGCCUUGGUCAAGAAACGAGGAUGUUUGGUGGUCCGUGGUCUAUUGGAUCGUACUGUGGCCAUGCAAUACAAGGCAGACAUCAAGCAGUAUAUUGACAACAACCGUGAUGUCAUGGUGGGUUAUCCUCAAGAUCAACCUCAAGUGUGGGAAUUAUAUUGGACAAAGGCUCAGGCAGCUGCUCGUGCUCAUCCUCAUUUUGAUAUCGCUACUUUGGCCAUCAAUCAACUCUGGCAUGGUCACCCUGAUACUCCCAUCGAUUUGUCCAAGAAUCUGACUUAUUGUGAUCGUCUUCGUAUUCGUGUUCCUGGUGAUGAGAAUUUUGCUUUGGCUGAACAUGUCGAUGGUGGCUCUCUUGAACGUUGGGAAGAUCCUGAAUAUCGAAAAUGUUAUGAAGAAAUAUUCAAAGGACACUGGGAGAACUUUGAUCCUUUUGAUGUCACUCAUCGUAUUGAAGCUGAGAUGGAUUUAUAUGAUGCUCCUGGAGGGUGUUCCAUGUUUCGCUUAUUCCAAGGCUGGGUAUCUCUCUCUGACAUUACACCCGGUGGUGGCACGCUCCGUGUUUGCCCGUUGAUCAAGGAACAGACGGCUUACUAUAUGAUGAAACCACUCCUGGAAGACCAUAAAGACCAAGCUGAUUUCAUGGGUGCCUGGCCCGGUCGGUGUCAAGACAUUAGUGCAACCCAUCAUCGUCCUAUUAUCGACACCAUGGUUUCUCUUCCUACGAUGCAAUACGGUGAUGGUGUGUUCUGGCAUUGUGAUCAAGUCCAUGCUGUGGAACCUAAGAAUGAAAUGAAGACGGAAGAUUCCUCCGUGCUCUAUAUUCCUUCCACGCCAAUGUGUCGAAGAAACACAGAGUAUCUUAAACGUCAACGUGCCUGUUUCCUGGCUGGUAUCACGCCUCCUGAUUUCCCUGGUAACAACACUGAACAGCAUAUAAAUGAACGUGCCACACCCGAAUCCUUGGAUACCAAACAGAAAAUCGGUAUGGGUCUCCUUCCUUUCUCUUCUUCUUCUUUGGAUGACAACUCAACACCUGGUCAACGUCAAGCUUUGAAACAACACAAUGAUAUACUUGGAUUUUAAGCUAUGGUAUCUUGAUGAUCUUUUUUUUUUUUUUUGUGUAGUGUAGUUUAUAAGUUUACAGUGUUUUUGUAUCAUUUUAAUAAACAUUCUGACACUAUUGAAGUAU